AAAUACGGCUGAAAGAUUUGUGGAUGUCUGUCUCCACCUGGCGAUGGAAUUAAGAGGACAGAGGCGCAGAGAAGCUUGAGCAUCCGGUUCUGUCAGCUUCGCUCUCUCUCUCUCUCGCCGUAAAUGAAAGCCUCAUCCUCAGGUAUGCCUCCUAACCCGAUGCGCUCCAGCGGCAACAACAACUACUACUACCGGAGGCGGCAGAUUCACACUCUCGGUUUGAUGGAACACACACUCACAGCCAAAGGAAAGUCUGCGCUGUAAUAAAAGUACGAACUUCAGGGACUGAGAACAACUGAUUUAAAGAAAAUAAAUAAAAAAUAGCCUCGGCCAUGGCGACAAUAGGGGAUUUCGACCCACUCAACUCCAUCGUACCUGCUACAAAGAUUGAAAUCACCGUUUCUUGCAGGAACCUGUUAGACAUGGACACCUUCUCCAAGUCAGAUCCAGUGGUGGUGUUGUACGUUCAAGGCCUGGGGACAAAGGAGUGGAGAGAGUUUGGCCGGACAGAAGUGAUCGAUAACACACUGAACCCUGACUUUGUUAGGAAGUUUGUCCUUGAUUUCUUCUUUGAGGAAAAGCAGAACCUUCGCUUUGAUGUGUACAAUGUGGAUACUAGGAGCUCCAAUCUUUCCAAACAUCAGAAGGACUUCCUGGGUCAGAUGUUCUGCACGUUAGGUGAAAUCAUUGGUUCACCUGGCGGCAGGCUGGAAAGGACUCUUUCUGGUAUUCCUGGGAAGAAGUGUGGAACCAUCAUCUUCACCGCUGAGGAGCUGAGUAACUGCAGAGACAUAGCCACUAUGCAGUUUUGUGCAAACAAGCUGGAUAAAAAGGAUUUCUUUGGCAAGUCUGAUCCUUUCCUUGUCUUCUACCGGAGCAACGAGGAUGGCACGUUUACAAUCUGUCACAAGACUGAGGUGAUCAAAAACAACCUAAACCCUGUCUGGCAGUCAUUUACUAUUCCUGUUCGAGCACUUUGUAAUGGAGACUAUGACAGGACAGUCAAGGUGGACGUUUACGACUGGGACAGGGAUGGGAGUCAUGACUUUAUUGGAGAAUUCACCACAAGCUACAGAGAACUAUCCAGAGGCCAAAGCCAGUUCAAUGUCUAUGAGGUGUUGAAUCCUAAAAAGAAAGGCAAAAAGAAGAAAUACAUCAACUCAGGGACGGUGACCCUGCUGUCUUUCAAAGUGGAGUCAGAGUAUACAUUUGUCGACUUCAUCAGAGGAGGGACACAACUCAACUUCACUGUAGCCAUAGACUUCACAGCAUCCAAUGGUAACCCGUCCCAGCCGACAUCGUUGCACUAUAUGAGUCCAUACCAAAUGAAUGCAUAUGCCAUGGCCCUGAAGGCUGUGGGAGAAAUUAUCCAGGACUAUGACAGUGACAAACUCUUCCCUGCGUAUGGCUUUGGAGCUAAACUUCCCCCAGACGGCAAGAUCUCCCACGCCUUUCCACUGAACUUUAACUCCGAGAACCCAAACUGUGUUGGCAUUGAAGGUGUACUAGAGGCUUACUUUCAGAGCCUGCGAACUGUUCAGCUGUAUGGUCCAACCAACUUUGCUCCUGUCAUCAACCAAGUGGCUCGGAGUGCUGCAGAAGUGACUGAUGGCUCACAGUACUUUGUGCUGCUGAUGAUCACAGACGGAGUCAUCUCAGACAUGGCUCAGACUAAAGAGGCAGUUGUCAAUGCAGCCUCUCUGCCAAUGUCUGUCAUCAUAGUAGGAGUGGGCCCUGCUGAGUUUGAUGCUAUGGAGGAGCUGGAUGGAGAUGAGGUCAGAGUUUCCUCCAGGGGACGCUUUGCUGAGAGAGACAUCGUCCAGUUUGUUCCUUUCCGGGACUACAUCGACCGGUCAGGGAACCAGGUCCUGAGCAUGGCCCGACUGGCUAAGGAUGUCCUGGCAGAGAUCCCUGACCAGCUGCUGUCAUUCAUGAAGAGUCGGGGGAUUGAACCCCGCCCCCCCCUGCCCGUCACCUCCGACUCCCCCUCAGUGUCCACCACAACUGCAACCAAUACGUCUACGACCAAGCACUGCAACCCUCACCCCUGAGAGAAGGACAGCAGGCAGAGUGGAGCAAGCUGUUUGGGCAAAGGGAAGUGUGUGUGUGCAUGUGUGUGUGUAGGUGUGUUCUGGGGUUUUCAAGGUUAUCGGACAGAAACCAAAUCAGUAAACUGAACCUAAGAAUUCCUUCUGAAAGCACUGACUACGAGGAUUCUUCUGCAAGACAUAUACAAGAAGCAUAGACAAUAGAUUUUUAAAUCUUUUUUUAUGUUUCUGAUUUUUUGUCAACAUCUAUCACAAACACUCUCCAGGUAUAACACACGAUUCUGCACAGACACACGGGCUCCAUUCAAAUCUAUUGUUUCCUUUGUGUGUUGUAAUCCACUAUGGACGCUUUAUUGACUUUUCUUGCAAAGGUGGGAAGUCAAAAGAUUCUACUACUGGUCUUGUUCACAGUCUGCCGUAAUAGAAUAAUAAAUGCUGUAGCAGCCAUCUAAACUGAUUUCUAUCAGCUGUGAAGAAAGACAGCUCUGAGGGUGAUAUCCUGUCCUUAUUUGCUUAUUCUCAGGGUGUUUCAGUGGCUAUUAAAUCAUGUCUUGGUUCUUGCAACUGAGGCCCAAGGAACACUGGCUCUUUUCUUAAAAUUAUAUGCUGUCUAUUACUGUAGAAAAUGAAACUUUUGUUUUAGUUUACUUUAGCAAAGGCAUGGAAAUUGCUCUCCUUUUCAAAGACACUGUUAGAAGACAGGGCAAGUUUAAAGUUAAAAUCCCCCAUGGACAUGAAGAGAGUUGCUUGUGAGCACCUCCUGAAAGGAGUAAACAUACAAGGGUAUGAAACUAGCCAUCCCCUGCUCCUCUGCACCUGCAGCCGCUGUACAAUUUGAACAUAUGGAAGGGCAGAUCAUUUCAGCCCUGGUUAAAAAGUCGAACAUAGCCGUGUCUGUGAGCUCUGUCCCCAGUCUUCUUCUAAACUGUAAAUCUCCUGGCUGUGGCUGUCAUUUGGGAUGAAUCAUGCAUGAGGAAGGUGCCUCUGGUUCUGAAACUGUCUACAGCUUCUACCUAUUUAAAAUGAAAAGGGUUUCCCAUUGCAGAUUUUACAGGCCAGAAAACUUCAAAUGUAGCAAAGAAAAUGUGUGGGAAGAGUGGGAAACACCAAGAAGAAGAAGAAAUCGAAUGUGAGGUUUGGUACUUAGUGCUGCAUUGUUCAGUUUGCAAACUUUAUCUUCAUCAUGCAUGCCGAAUUCUUGUGUUUUUUUUUUCUUCUCAUAUCCUGUAUUUUUAUUUUCCUUGCUUUUGUUGUGUGCAUGAAUGAUUUAAGCAAAAGAGAGCAAGUGCUUGAACAGAAAACCUAAAUCUUUCAUUGGCAGUCCCAAAGAGCCCAACACACUGCAGCUUACAAGUACACAGACAAAACAAAUGCAAGAAUAAAGCAGGAAAAACCAGCUGCUGUGUGGCCAAGAAAUAGGACAGAAUGCAACAAACAUAUUAAUCAUUAUUAAAAUAUUAUUAUUCGUCAAUUCACUUUUCUCAUGCCUUUUAUGCUCCUGUCUCUGUAAGAGCCCUCUAUCCCUAAAAUUCAAUCUUCUCACUGGCCAUCCUCUGGAAAGUGACGGAAACCACCCAGUGCUUGAGAGCAGUGCUCGAAUUUUGUAGGUGUGACCACAGAAAGAAAUCUGUGGUGAACUGAUGUCAGCUCAUUGCAAAAGAAACAUUUCCAAGUUCCUUCAAAACUUUGGGAACUGAACUCUGUUGUCUCGGUUAACCCCCCAUGUAGCCACCACCAUCAGUUUUUGAAGCCAGAAGUGACCAUAUUUAGAUAAGAGGGACAAGUUUUAACUUACCAGCUAAUGCUAGCAAGCUAAUGCUAGCUAGGUUGAGCAAGGUGCAUCGAUAACAUGAAUCAACAAAGACAGCACCGGUUUAGCAGUGACUCAAGCUCCCUGUAGAUGACACACCUAUUAACUAAAUCACUUUAAGUAUUUUCAAAAGGUUGAAUU